CGAUAAUCGUACGACGACACGACAGCUCAUAUACAAAGACAAAAAUUUCAAUUCAUCGGUUGAAGAUUACAAAACCAAAAAGGUAUACGUAAAGCACCAGCGCCCUCCCACUUGAAGAUCGGUCGUUUUCGUACCAAGAUUCGUUCUUCGGCGUGGUUCUGGUUUUCGUUCUCGUAUGCACAUCGUUCUCCUUUCGUCCUGGUGGUCGUCGCUCCGUGAUUUUCAAGUCUGCUUUUGUCGCUCACAAACCUCUCAUCUCGAACACACCUGUCAGGAUCCCCCCACGUUUAUUAUGAAUUCAUCCCAUUGAUACCUACGAUAACGAUAUUCAAGAAGGAGCAACAGGCUCCUGCGACUUCUGAAGCAUGAGACACCAAUACUAGCAUUAGCCCGAACUACUCGUAAGCUCGUCGCGCUGCGAACUAUAUGAAGUUGAAAUAAUCUAUCUCAACAUGAGCCUCGGUUUUAUUCAAGUUGAAUUAUGUUAAAUCACACUCAUUCGUCGUCAGCUCCUGCAUGGCAUUCAGUGUAAAAGUCGUGAUAUUAGUUUGAACUUCAUCUCAGAACCAACGAAUCAAAUCACAAACAUGAAACCUACACUCAGAGUCAAAUUGCGAGCUGCGUUCGCGGUUGUCCUCCAUUUCACCCUCCUUGCCGACCACCAAGUCUCUGCCUGCGCCCUCAAUUCGCAGGUAUGGGCGUACCGACAAGGCACUUAUCCUCAAGAAAAACUACGACGUCCCCACCACCCUGCACACUUGUGGUCAACACCAGUGUAGUGGUGCUUGGCUGCGAAAGCAGGAUCACAAAGCGAUUACCGUGUAAAUAUCGUGAACAAGACGAGUUGUGGAGAAAUAGCAAUACAAGUUCGAUGGAAGCAUUAAGAACUACAACCUUAGAAAAAUAGUGUUGCUCCUCACUGGGAUCAUGCGCGUCGUGAGACGAGACAUGCAUCCUCAGUAUCAUGUAAAUUCAAAUUGGCAUGACAAGACAUGAGAAGAACUCUGGGGAGGUCGUGGGGACGUUUUUCCUUAGGAUGCCCUUCCGGGGAAAAUCAAGGCCAACGUGGAGAAGCUGACGCCGGAAAGGUUGAUGUCCAUGAACGGGGGUGUCACCGAGGAACUAGUGGUCGGCAGCGAACCCCCGGGCGCGUGGGUGUCGUGGCCGGACGACUUGCUGCUGUGCCCACGAAAUAACGCCUACAGCUACGCGAACCUCGCGCACCGGAAAAAUUGCUGGCGGUCCCAGUCUAUGAACUGCAAAAGUAUCGUACUCGUAUAAAUGCAUUACAAAUUUCCUCAGCAUGAGAAAUAAAAUUUGUAAUGCAGAUUUGACUUGACAAGGAAAUUUGUAAUGCAUGACUGCAAGAUACUUUUGCACAGGAUACAGUCGCAGAUGUUUACGUUGAUGAACGUGGCGGUGCCGUGCGGUGGCGUCGUCGUCGCCGCAGAGGAGGUAUGCAUUGCAAAUAUGUCUGGGUCUGGAAGAUGGCGAGACUUCUCAUGCUAGUUUGGCAUGGCGCUGAGCUCUGUAUUGCGUGGCCACGAACACCUCCUCUUGUCUGUCAUGCAAAAACGAUGCUUCUCAUGCGGAAUACGCAACACAGAGCCACGAGAAAAUCUGUCAUGCUUGGCGGUGCAUUACAAUGCGCUUUCUGUUCACUGACAUGCAUCACAAGUUUCCAGCCCCAGACACAUUUGCACUUGAUAGGAGGAAGAACUGUUCGGGGUCCCGUUGGAAGCGUGGCUCGCGGUGUUGGGCGGGGUGGUCAUCGUCGUGGUGGUCGUCGUUUGCUUCAUCGGGAAGGAGCGGACCAAGCUCGCGUUCCUUGACGCGUGCAUUUGCUUCUUCCCGCGGGAGGUGAGGGAGAAGCGCGCGCAGGAGAAACAGCGGGCCCGGGAGGCGAUGAUGGACAUGAAGCAACUGGAUGCGGAGGAAAGGGAACUGGACGCUGCGGAGAGGGAACAUGUCCGGAAGAAGCAGGCGCUGGAGAAGCACCACGCGGCGUUGGACGACACGAAGCAAACCCACGCGCUGGGCUAUCAGAAGGAAAAAUCCCCCCUCCCCACAUCGAAACGAAGUUUCUGAUGCUGGAUUUGCGUACACAAAUCAGAUUUGUCUUGCAGUAGAGGACUGCAGGCCCAUAUCAUGCCCAUGCACAGAGGUUUUGGCCUAGGCAGUUAGCAUGAGGAACGUCUAUGCCGUAGAAGGACCAACAGCAUUACAAACCGCCUGCAUAAUGGGGCGGAGUCUGUGGGGUUGCUUUCUUGCAUCACAGAUGCGAUUUGUGGUCACAAAUCAGCAUGACAAAUUUUCAUAGGCCUGCCUUAUCGAUAUGGGGAGAGGGGAUUUUUCCUUACGAUAUGGGCCACACGCAAGCGAGUUCGAAGGCGGACCAGCUGAAGGUGAACAAGGCGGCGCUGGUAUUCCGUGUAAAAACAUCCCCACGACCCCAGAGUUGUCAUGCAUUUCUGCAUGCCAAAAAAGUUUCUCAUGCGGAGCCCUAUGAGAAGCAUUUUCUAUUCGUGUUUUGGCAUUUGCGAUGCUAGAAUCAGCAUCCUAUGCUAGAUCUGUGAUGCUUCUGAACUAGCUAAACAGGACUACACUACGAGGACAAACUUGUCAUGCCAAACAACCAAAGCUGGCUGAUUUGUCUAGCAGAUUUCCCAUCUUGGCUCUGGUAGGUGUGGGGCCGUUUUUAAUCAGGAUAGCUGGACCGCGCGGCCAAUGCGGACUACGUGGAGAGGCUGGAUAACAAGUUGCACACCAACUACAACGAGCCCAUCGAGCCGAUCACGGCCAAGGUGUCGCCAGAAAUCGAGAUGCGGGGUUUGUUCCCCGCGCGGCGCUCCCCCUUUCAGCCACCGCCCUUGUACGGGCACAAGGUGGUGGACUACGAGCAGGAAAGGCAGGAGCUCGAGCAAACCUCGAAAAUCAAACUCUCGGCCAGCGGACCGGGGGGCCCGGGCGCGCCGCCGAAGCCCCCACCACCAAAGAAGCCGGUGCCGUGGGUGGAAGUAGCGGGGGUGCCGACCACGCCGGUUCCACUGCGGACGGCGCCCGUGAAGUUGGACGAAAAUGAUGGCGUUGAAAAGCCGCCGAGUGGUGGUCCCAGUGGUAAACAGGCGGAAGGCGGUAAUGUUAAAGCGGGUGAAACUACAACAAGCACAACCACAACUGGAGGGCAAAGACCAGCUAGUAGUAAACCCGGAGGAGGUGGUGGUCCUGUGACAGAGGUGGAGUUGCAACACCACAAACAACAAAUGUUCACCAAUCCGAUGGCAAAAAUUGCAGAAGUGUAGCAAAAAAUCGAUUCUUGAGAGGAAGAAAGUAGCAGAAGCCCACAGCAGCAUGACUGGCGUCGAUCGACGUCACAAGGGAACUGGGCGACGGCAUCAGCUGCACACUUGAACUUCUCACGAAGUAACGUUUUUCUCUCUGCUAUUCCAUCAAAUUUUCGUUUAUUUCCAGCACAUUUUUUAUUUUUUCAUUUUCUACAUUACGGCUUGCCAACUCGCCCCCUAAUAUUGGUCUUGCCUUUAUUGCUCCUUGAUGUUCAGAAAUAUUUAUCUAUAGACUUUUUCCUAAAUUGAGGAAUGUUAUGUAAGUGCAUCAAAUGCAUCAAUAAAAGCUUUUACAUCAUGUACAGUAUCAGUAAUUUACUCCAUUAUCUAUGUUUCCUCAAUUCAUCAAAUUCAAAUUUAGCCAGUAGGUCCUCAUGCCCCCUUGCUCUUCGUUUUACAUGUUGUGGUAAAAAGAAUUUUAUUCGAGUAGUCACGAACCAGCACCGGCUGUUCACGUUGAUAAAGCUUCUUUUGCUCGCGUUGUAUCUGAAUCACAUCAAGGGAAAUCUUGCAGCGGAGGCCCAACUACCUGCGCAUCGUUGCUGCGUUUUUCCGUUGCCCACGUUGGGGGGAGGUUCGUUUCGGUUUCUGUUCGAUUGGUAUUCACUUGUCAGUCGAGGUCGACAAGGCACAGGAUGAUUGGUAUCAUGUAUAACUACAAGCUUAUUUUCCAGUACAGGUUUAGAAACAGCCGGAUUCCAUGAUGAAGAGCAGGAAAUCACACACACAUGAGGGGAAGAAGGUUGAGCAUUUAUGGAGCGGGGGCAGCCGCCUAAAGAAAAUUUGAGGUUGAGUUGAGGCUCAGCUUGCACUUGUUUCGGCGGGUUUUGCGUAUAU